AAGACACCUGAGGGUUAAAUUAGGGUUUUCACCUAUUGAAUUGAAUGAGAUUUGCUGGCCUGCAAAUGAAGCGUCUCACCUUCAUACCCACACACACCGUUAUAUAAUAGCAUGUGAAAGCUGCGAUCCGUUACCAGGAAAGCGAAGAUGCUUGCCCUUCACCUUCAUCAGCGACUGAAGAGCCUGCAUAACCCUCUUUUAAUCACCCUCUCAAAUCCCCCUUCAGGUCCAGGUUUCCACAGCAGUGAACAACCAAUGGCGGAUUGGGGCUUCAACACUGGAAUAGAGUCCUGCCACCACCACCGACGAUCCACGAUUUACUCUGCCCUUACUGACAGUCACCUAAGGAAAAAAACAACUUUGUUGGUCAAAGUUGUCAAGGCUUUAUUCUAAGUCAAAGAUUACGUUAAUUACCGAAAAAUGAGAGUUAUAACGUGGUUUCACCAAACUACAUGUUAACACACCAAUCUAACAUCAAUGAGAAGAUGAGAGCCAUGCUAAUGGACUGCCUUAUCGAGGUACCGUCAAAGACCUUUUCUUUAAUAACUACUAAAAAAAAUUUGAAAAUAACCAGGUGCACUAGAAAGAAGUUGCAACUGGUUGGUAUUGGUGGUGUUGAGUGGUGACUUGGUUGUGGUGGUGAAUGGCUACAACGCUGGAUUGAACACCGACGGAGCUUGAAAGUGAUUUUCUAAUUUAACUCGGUUUCAUCAGUUAUUCAUCAAUCGAAGUUAGCGGUUAGGGAAGAUCAAACGUAUUCCAGAGUUUACGUUUUUGUGUUAUAUGAAUCUGAUCGAAUGCCUUUUCUCAAACAAAAUCAUUAUACUCCGGUUAAGCUGUUGACCGUGUCGGCUGCGGUCUCUCACUUCUUUGAAGAACGAGGUGUUGACUGCUAACUGUUUGCGAAAACAUGCCAAUGGGAACUUCAAAUUUUGAUAUGAAAAAAGCUCUUGAGUCUUGAACGACAAGAAAUUCUUGUUCGCUUGGCCUGUUGCUCGACAGGAGCAUGGGAUGUUGUUACAGAGGCAAGAUUCAUUCAAGCAGAAGUUUGGAACCUUAGACGAUCAUAAUACCGACGGUCUACAGGAUUCUACUGAGGAUUUGUAGCCAAUUUGACUACUUAUGGGUUUCAAUGAAGAAAACAAAGCUAAGAAAGGAAUCCACAUAAACCCCAAGGGAUUUGCCAUUGGAGAUGGAAUCACUGAUUCAAUAUAAUGUGUACACUGAUUACGCGCUAGACAUGGGAAUAAUUAAGGAGUCUUCUACAUAAAAAACAUAGACAUGGGAAUAGUUAAGAAGUACUUGAGGCAUAUUUUAUAUUCUACAUAAGAUUUAUAUAUGUUUAAUAUGGAAAUUACAUAAAUGUACAACUUGAAAAGCAUAUUGUACAAUAACCUGCUGCACAAACAUAUAGGAAAUACAUGAGGCGUGUGCCUUAGGGUCAAUUUGUUGUCCAGAAAUCGCCUCAGGUGGGCUUUUUGAUAAAGCGUGAGAUGUCGAAAUCCAAGAGAGAUCCAGUAGGUAAAUCGUUCAAUUUGAUCAUAAUGACUAGCGUUUGGAUUGCUUUCAAGUAUUGUUCCAGACCUACAUGCAUUUGCAAUAUUAAAAAUUCACAUCUGAACUCAUAUUAUUCAUUUUUUUUGCUAAUUUAUUUAAUCAAGUUUUUAGGGUUUGUUUAAAGAUUUCAUAUUUGUUACAAGUAUUUAGCUUUGUAUGAAUUUGUGUUAAUCUGUCCGCAAAUAUGCAGUGACGUUGUCAAAAAAAAAAAAAAAAAAGAGGAAUGGAGCAUAAAGAGAACAUAGUGACCAGCUUUGAGAACAUGAGGAAUCUCAUGUUUAAGCAUCUCAGAGAGCAACUCAAAUCCACUAGCAGGAAUAGGCCCAUCUGUUAGAAGAUUAUGUGUUCAAGAAAAAGAGAUAAAUGGUGCGGAGAUUAAGGCAAGUUUUGUUGUCCAUCAGGAUGUUAAGAGGAAGAGCCACCGAUGUUACACUUGGAUGGUCAGUUGCUCAUGGCCCACCUUUUACAUUUGCAACUACACUAGAACAUGAGUAUGAAAGUGAUAUAUUUGGAGAAAGAGUAAAGCUAGAUGGCGAGAAGUUUGAUGAUCAAAGCCGAUGGGGCUGGUUUGCUGCCGAGCUCACCCGAGUUAAGAGUUCCCAAAUGAAAAUAGUUGAUGGCAAAUGUGUACACCCAAGUAAUCCGGUCAUGGGACUCGCUAUAACAGCAGCCGUGGCUAUGAUCCUUCUUCGUGUCGUCGUUAGAGUAGCCACGGGGAGUGGAUAUGCAUGUUGUCGAACUCGCCCUGAUGUACCUAAACUAAUACGAUAUUGCAUAUUUAUAGCCUGGCUCUUGUCUUUCGCAGCGGUUGGGCAGUUCAUUGCGGGUGCACAUCUUUGUAACCGAAAGGAUUUGCAACUGACACUCGCGGGUGAAUCAUGCUACGCAUUAAAACCUGGACUUUUCUCGACAGCUGCAAUAUGGGCUCUUGUGAGUAUGGGUUUGACCCUUUUCUAUUAUCUCGUAAUCGCUUCAGCUGAGAACGUACCGAAUAAGCCACCGGCCUCAGAGGUAGAGGCACCAUCGGUUACAAAGGACCACCAUUGCCUCCACAGAUGUAGUGAUGUCUAAAUGUACACAUAGUGAUAGUGAUGGUAAAAAUAAGUUGGAAAUUAUGUCUUGUUAGAACAAAACUGAUUCAAGAUGAUCAAAUAAGAUAGUAAGUAAGUUAGUUUUAUUAUGUAA